UUUAUUUUCGUGCAAUUUGGUGAACGGCCGAUUGAAAUUGAGCAGUACCUGGAGCUGUUGUUUUUGUAUAAUAUGGAUCUUAUUUCAUUGUUUAUACAUGGGUAUAUAUUAUUAUGAGAGGUACAUCGAUACGCCUAUUGAAAGAACUAAAAAGGACAAGGUACUUGACAUCCUGCAGUCUAGUAUGGGUUUUGUUUCCUUCGCCCCUUACUAUAUCGUGGCAGCCUUUUGGAGCGAGAAUUUCGUUAAGUUGUCUGACAAACUUCUGACAUACGACGAACAGGCGAUAGCAUUAGAAUAUCCAAGGAAGGACAAACAUAUAUUCACGUAUCUGUUUUUCGUGUACACGUUUAUCAUAUUAAGUUGGGAGUCUUAUUACGACGUCGGUAAUGCUAUAUUGGAAGGAAGAUCGGAAGGAAUAUUGGAAGGAAUAUCAUUCAUGUUGAGAAAUGUAGUUCCUAACGCAAAUCGCGUGGAAGAGCGCGUGAUAAAAUAUGGCUUACCCUUUUCGAACAAGAAAUGCCGCAUGGACAAAAUCGAAAUGAUGUUAUACUUUUAUCAUAGGAGAUAUUCUUUCACUGCCGCGGAAUUCUUUGAACUGGAUAUGACAAUAUUCCUUCCAAUCGCUACUGUGGUAAUGACGUAUUUAACUUUAAUAGUAUAAAAGUCAUGGACUCUUUUUGUUUAAUAUAGUUGUCACGACGUUUCGAUUAUUCGACCAUUGGUCUUUUUCAAGUGUAAAUCUAUAAAUGUAUAAAUCACAGUUCAAUAAUUAAAAAGCAUGUAAAAUUAUAACUGAUCACAAAACUAAAAGUGACGGAGAAACGUUAUAAUACAACCCAGAU